AGUGGCAACGUUGGGAAUUCAUCGUCCUUAUUUGAGGGUACUUCAGGCUGGGAUCCCCAACAAAGCCUCAGACGACUUUGAGUACUCUGCUGCAGGCCUGGAUUUAUUCCAGAAAGUAAAUAUAUUGUCGAGUACCGAAGGAGCAUCAUUGCAG